GUGAAGAAUUAGUAUAUUUCCCAUCACUUGCAUCGUGUCCCAAAUCCCAAUGCAUAUCCAAUUCCUCAUUUGGUGGCUCUAUAAAUAACCAAAACCACUUUGAUACUGAGACACACUGACUAGUCAAACAAAUCCCAAACUACUCUCUUGUUUUCCAGAUAUCAUAUAUCAACAUGUGGUGUGUAUCUAGAGAUUUUGUAUUUUCAGUAGCACUACUUCUGCUGUUACUUACCACACCGAGCUUGUCUUCUUUUGUGAAGAGUGAAAAUAAGAUAAAAUCAGCUGUUUUUUUGUCUCCUAAAUUUGAGCUAGGUCCUGGAUCUGUUAUCAAUAGAUAUUAUUAUGAUAUUGAUUUUCCAAGAGGUCAUAUAGCACUCAAGAGUUUCAAUGCUGAGGUAGUUGAUGAAGCUGGUCAUUCUAUACCUCUUCAUGAAACCUAUCUCCAUCAUUGGGUUGUUGCAAGAUAUUAUCAAAGUAAAAAUGUCACCGACACAGAAAAUGAUAGCCAUAGGAUGCUUCAUAACUCUAAUCGUGUUAUGGUUAGAAACAGUGGCAUGUGCCAGGGAAAUGUGCUUGGACAAUACUUUGGCCUUGGAUCCGAAACACGGGGAACUGAAACCCAUAUUCCGGAUCCUUUUGGUAUAGAGAUAGGUAAUCCAGAAGAUGUUCCUGAAGGAUUUGAAGAGAAAUGGUUGGUUAAUAUCCAUGCCAUCGAUACGCGCGGCGCAGAGGAUAAGUUAGGGUGCACGGAGUGUAAGUGUGAGCUUUAUAAUGUUACAGUGGAUGAAUAUGGAAGGACUAUAAGGCCAGAUUAUAUAGGUGGUUUGUUAUGUUGUCCGGAUUAUGCACAGUGCAAGUUGAAGGAAGGUUUUGAGGGACCAAAGAGAAGCCUGUACCUAAGAUACACAGCAAAAUGGGUUGAUUGGGAUGAUUCUAUAGUGCCUGUUAAGAUUUAUAUAGUUGAUGUGACUGAUACUUUGGAACAAUCAGAUAAUUCAAAAGGAAUCAACUUAGAUCAUAAUUGUAAGGUUGAGUAUCAAGUUGAAUCUUGCAGCAUGGAUCAUAAGGACAGAAAUGGAUGUGUUCAUGUGAUGAAGACAAGUGUUCCACUACAAAAUGGUGGGUAUAUGAUAUAUGGUGUUGCUCAUCAGCAUUCAGGUGGAAUUGGAUCCACCCUAUAUGGACAGGAUGGAAGGGUCAUAUGUUCUUCAAUACCAAGUUAUGGAAAAGGAAGCGAAGCCGGAAAUGAAUCAGGACAUAUUGUAGGAAUGUCCACAUGUUAUCCUAAACCAGGUUCAGUGAAGAUAAUUGAUGGUGAAAUUUUAACUCUAGAGUCUAACUACAACAGCACCAAAGAGCACAAUGGAGUUAUGGGAUUUUUCUACAUAUUAGUAGCAGAACAGCUUCCAUACCAACCCUUCAGACAUUCUACUCGUUCUUCAUUUUUUAUGGAUUCAAAUAAUAUGCUUUUACAUAGUUAGUGACACAUAUAUAUUACAAUUCUCUAUGUAGGCAGACAGCUACAAGAGAAAUACAAGAUGUGGACAUUCUUGUGUUUUAGUGAUAUUGUAUUUAUUGGUUUUAUCCACUCUUUCUUGUAUCAUAGGGCUAUUUGAUAAGUUUGUUAUAGCAUAUAACUGAUUAGUAUGCAAAAAUAGUUAAUUACAGGUCAUGUUUAGAUUGGUUUAUCCACUCGUUCUUGUAUCAUACUUUCAUAAGAAUGUCACAAUAUUUUUCUUAUUUUGAUAUAACAAAUUACAAAUGGUAG